AUGUCGACGACAACCACUCUCUCACCACCCAGCCCCGUCAUUGGAGGAGGAGGCGGAGGAGGAGGAAAGCAUCACCAUCACACAAAUAUCAUCUCCCCUGACGAAAUGGCAGACGUCAAGUCCAAGAUCGAGAAGCUCGCCAAUGAGCUAAAGCAGCAGCAAAAGCAGCAGCGAUCUAAAAGCCACCAGCUCCAGCUCCAGCAACAGCAAAACCACCAAUAUGCCCAUCAUCCUCCAUCCACCCCUGCCAUACCAGGCCUCGAACCAACCUCCCGCUCCCUCUCCGACCUCUACAACGAGCGUUCCUACCUUUUGCAUAACUUGCAAACCCAAGGCGAGCGAGCCACGCGGUUAUAUCAGCGGUAUGCGCACUUGGAAGCUAAGAAGGAGGCCUUAUCUUUGGCUUCCUUGACCACAACCACCAUCACCACUCCCUCUGCGGCCAGUUCUGCUGGUUCUACUGCUGGUUCCCCCUUGAACGAGGAGAAGACGGGAUCGACUGCAACAACAACUACUUCUUCGACAAGCAGCAAGAAAAAGAAAAUAAAAAAAGACCUCUCCCUCCUCCGCUCUCGCAUCGCAAAGUCCACGCAGCAGGAACAGCUCAUCAUGCUGAGACUUGGAGAAAGUCAUGUUGAGCUGGUGAAUAGGGGGCGGUGGGUUAUGACGCACCAGUGUCAGAGUCAACAACAACAACAGUUGGUAUAUUCGCCCAUGUCUGCUGUUGUUGAAGAUCAGGGAUAUUUUGGGCAUCAUCAUCAUCAGUGGCAGCAACAUGAACAUGGAGGCUAUGAAGUUCCUGCUACUCCGGCGUCUGCUGAUUCGUAUUCGAAUUCGCCGGUGGGAGAGCAGCAUGGGGAAUAUCUCUAUACUCCGUCGGUAUUGAGCCCGUUGUCGCCGAGUUUUGUUCCUGGUGGCUUUGGUGGGGGAGGAGUUAGUUUCUUUGAUGAGGAUAUUUGGACUCGCCCGUCAGAGCAGUCACAGCAAUCGCAGUCGGAGGACCAUCAGCCAGCUCCUGAAACAUAUAAACCUGCCUUCGAACAGGAGCCAUCACACCAAGAAGAAGAUGAGAAAACUCCCAAGCCCAACAAGGACCAUGACUUGGAAGCCGUUCCCCUCUCGGCAGUCACUCCCAAGUUCACCACCACCCCCAAGUUCACCACAACCACCAGCAGCAUCCCAGAGACACUCCCCUCCGAACACCUCGCCACCCCCAUCACCCCCAGCAACAGGAUCCCAUGGGAUGAAUACCCUUCGGAUUCGGAAGACGAUGGAUCUUUUGACAGUUUUGACGGGAGCAGUUUCAUGCCUAUUGGCGUUACUGUGAUGAAUCCACUGGCUUGCACGAAUCGUCACUCUGUUAACAGUUCGGGCUUGGGUUUGGGGACAAGUUCGGGGUCGGGGUCUGGAAUUAUCGUGUCCAUGUCUGAGCCCGAGGAGGAACAUGACCAUGAACAUGAACAAUAUGAGAAAGAGCAAGAUGAAGAAUACGACGAAGAAGAAGAAGAAGCAGAAGCAGAAGGAAGUGACGACUCCGCCUCUGAACCAGGCGAUUUACUUUCCGAGCAGCAGAGGAAGACUGCUUCGUUUUCAAGGGGGGAAGAGGGCAGCGAGGAGUGGAAGGGAAGUAGAAGGUUGAGCAUGCCUAGCUUGAAGAAUCUGUGGCCUGUUGCGCUUGCGGCUGUUGUUGGUGUUCAGAUGGGGUUUAGGGAGGGGGCGGAAGAAGAGGAGGAGGAAAAAGAAGAGGUACCGGCGAUGAGGCUUGAUACUGUUAUUUGA